AUAGAAACGGCGUACAUAACUAAACCGGAGAAAUAGAAACGGCAUCGGUAGAAACGGUGUAAAGAACAAAACAACGUCUGUGACAGUCGCCGUGUGGAGAAUGACGCGCGUGCCGGCGGGACUGGUCGCGCUCGCGGUGUUGGCGGUCUUGCUGUCGGAGCUCUCUGACGUUGGACGAGCUCGCGCCAGUCUGCCUGUGAUGGAGAGACCGGAAGCGCCCGAGCAGCUCGGCGUGUGGCGGCCUCCGCCGGACGGACCGCAGAGCCUCCCCAGAUUCAUCCGCCUGCCCGGAGUCUGCCGACGCCUCCGCCGACGGAGAAUCACCGUGCUGUGUAAUCUGGGACAGCUGUGUUUGGUGAAGAGGAACAGACCCGGUCAUGUGUGUCGCUGUCCCAAAGGAUCACAGUGUUCCCAUUUCUUCUUGAAGAGUCUCUGACAGACGGCUGGCUGGCCUCACACACACACACACACACACAC